AUGCCUGCACUAAAACUUCCACGUAUCCAGCACUCCUGCAGCAUCCGGCUCCUCCUGCGGUAUCCAGCACUCCUGCAGCAUCCGGCUCACUCCUGCAGCAUCCGGCUCACUCCUGCAGUAUCCAGCACUCCUGCAGCAUCCGGCUCACUCCUGCAGCAUCCGGCUCACUCCUGCAGCAUCCAGCACCUCCACCAUCCUCCUGUCUCCUCAUUUCUUCUUUUUAUUUUUCUAAACAAGACAACUUGUAGUACAGACUCGUUCGUCUUUUAUCUAUUUAUUUACAGUUUCCGAAAACAAACAGUGGAGGAGAAGCAGAGCCAAUGUAAAACUAGGAUUUUCUCCAAAUACCAUAUCUGUAACCAAUGUCAAAAAAACUUUCAUUCGCGAUCUAUCUAUCUAUCUAUCUAUCUAUCUAUCUAUCUAUCUAUCUGCACGUGCAUAUAUACUAGAAUACAGUCAAACGUAACAAAGAGAAAUCAGUAG